AUGUUUGUGCUGGGGGCGCUGCUGGCCUGCGGCUCCCCGUUCGGAGACCUGUGCCCCGAGCUCUUCCUCAACACGCUGAGCCGCGGCGUGGUCAGCAACCUGGCGGGCGAGGAGAACGCCCUGGUGCUCACCGACGCCCGCUGCCUGCCCGGCACCGAGGGCGGCGCCGCCUUCGUGCCCUCGCCGCAGGGGCCGCGCGUGGUGGCCGUGAUCGCCGCCUCGCUCUGCUGGAAGGGCGCCGAGUGGGUCGGGCUCACGCUGCUCUGCUCGCUGGCCGCCAUCCUGCGCAGCAGCGCCGCGGUGCUGGGCGAAGCCGGGAUCGCGGUGCCGCCGGUGCCCGCCUGGGGCCGGAGCGGCGGGCAGGACCCGCUGGGCUGGACGGCGCUGGUGGAGUGCGGGGCCACCUGGGGCUCCGGGGUGCUGCUGGCACCGAGGAUGCUCCUCACCUGCCGGCACGUCGUGGAGGCCGGAACCCCGCUGCAUGUGACGCCGGCGGCCGGCCCCGGCCAGGAUGCCGCCGCGCUCAGAGGACGUGUGGUGUUCGCCACCGAGGAGUCGUCCCCCUUCGACGUGGCCGUGGUGGAGCUGGAGGAGAGCGUGCCAGGCUUCGUCCCGCCGUGCCUGGCUGACACCUUCCUCCCAGGAGAGGAGGUGAGCGUGGUGGGCUUCGGGGCGCUGGGGCGGGCCUGCGGCCCCUCGGUGACAGCCGGGGUGCUCUCGGCCGUGGUGGCGGUGGCCGGGCGCCCCGUCAUGCUGCAAACCACCUGUGCCGUCCACGGCGGCUCCAGCGGCGGCCCCCUGGUCUCCUCCCGCAGCGGAUGCCUCAUGGGAAUCGUGGCCAGCAACACGCGGGACACCGGUGCGGGGGCCACCUACCCGCACCUCAACUUCUGCAUCCCCAUCAGCGUCCUGCAGCCCCUCGUGGCGCGCUACCGCCGCACCGGCGACCCCGACGCCUUCGCCGGGCUCAACCGGGUGGGUGAGGGGGUGCGGGCCACUUGGCAGCUCCAGCAGCGGCCGGGGCCCCCCAGCAAGCUCUGAGGCCCCUCCCGGGGGGCUUGUGCCAGGGACAGAGGUACCAGGGAUGGGGCUGCCGUGUCCCCUCUCGGCCCCGAGCACCUGGACUGCGCAGAGCCGGCGGAGCAUGGGCACCCUGGGGCAGGGGAUACGGCACAGUGCCUUUGACAGCUGCUGACAACCCCAAAUUGGGGAGGUUUGGGGUCUGUGUUAUCGUUUUAUUUUCUCCCUGGGGCCAUAAAUGCUGUGAGUUGA